AUGAUUUCUCAAGAAGCGCACGACGUACUUACAGAUGUGACUUUGAGCUUCUACAAUCCGGAAGAUGCCCUUUCACCAUACACCCUGGAUCCACGGAGAUGGCGACGGUUAGAAAAAGACCUCCUUCUACAUUCCAGCAAGGAGAGCAUUUGGCUUUACUACCAGCAAAAGCAAGAGAAGGAUCUCACAGCGAGUGAUCUGAUAAUUACCGGUUUACAUGUGAAGAAUUCCAAGCCCGAAUCUAGUUCUGAUGAACAAUGGGAAUCUCGACCAGGGGAUAUAUGGCUCCAGCGAACCCAUUAUGAUGGCAACGCCAGCCAGGCAAUAAGAGCCAUUGAUGUUUUAUUUGGCGCAGAUGCCGUAGAUCCAAGACCACAGUGGAGCAUUUCAACUUCGCCGCUCAAGCUCAAUGCUGCUGCAGAGGUGCCAGCGUCGUAUCUGACCGUACGACGGGGCAAAUCACAGCCUCGAGAUACUCCUCCACCAUUGCAAGCCAACAAGGAUGGAAAGUUCAAGAUUGUGCAGAUUUCCGAUACUCACAUGAUAGCUGGGGUCGGUAACUGUACCGACGCCCUUGGACCCAACGGGGAGCUCUUGCCCGACAGAGAGGCAGAUCCGCUCACUGUGAAGUUCAUCGAAGAGAUAUUAGAUGUCGAGAAGCCUGAUCUAGUUUUGCUUACUGGCGACCAAUUGCAUCACGACAUUCUCGACAGUCAGUCGCCUUUGCUGAAACUAGUCGCUCCGCUUAUAGCGCGAUCGAUACCAUAUGCUGCUAUUUUCGGGAACCAUGAUAGUGAGGGCAUGUGGCAGUUGUCGCGCAAGAAACAAAUGGCAAUUCUACAAGAUCUCCCAUUCAGUCUCUGCCAGCUCGGCCCGGAAGAAGUCGACGGAGUCGGCAACUACAUUCUCCAAAUCUAUCCCCACGAUUCCACGAACGACCCAUUCGCAACGCUCUAUCUGCUCGACUCACACGGGGAGCUAGAAAGUAAAGUGAAAUGGCCGGACUACGGACACAUCACUCAGUCACAAGUUGACUGGUUCAUCAGCACCUCUCAAGCAUUACGCAGCGCACGAGAAGCCACCAAAGGCGCACGAAAAACCUACCAUCUCCCUUUAGCAUUCUUCCAUAUUCCGUUUGCUGAAUACACGGAUGAGAAACUUGCGAUCAGAGGUGGCAAACGGAGAGAACCGACGGAAGGUCCGAGUUUCAAUUCACACUUCUACGACGUGUUGGCCGAUGAAGGUGUCGUGGCGGUUGGUUGUGGUCACGAUCACGUCAACGAUUUCUGUGCUCUGCGGCAUUCGACGAAAGAGUCGCGGUCUGUUGGUGGGCAAUCGAGUCCAAGAAGCAGUCCUUGGCUUUGCUAUAAUGGUGGUACAGGAUUUGGAGGGUAUUGUUCAUAUGAUGGGGUCCGAUUUCAUCGUCGGACGAGAGUAUGGGAGUUUGAUGCAAAUGCUGGUAGCAUAACGACUUGGAAGCGCAAGGAAUAUUCAAAAGAUAGGGUCGACGAGAUCGUGCUUGUCAAAAACGGGGCUGUCGUCGACCCUGCAGCGCAUGAAGAUGUGGAUGAUUGGCAAUUCAUCUCUAGAAGUGAGCUCUAG